GAACGCUGGAGAUCAGCUCUGUGUCGGAUCAAGACUACGGCCAUUACACCUGCCAGGCAGAGGUACCUGGCAAGUCUCGGACCAGCCGCAUCGGCGAGCUGCGACGAGCGUCACCCACAGACAGCAAACUUCAGGGCAUCCCCAAGUUUGUGAUCCGGCCGCACAGCGCGCGUGUGGUGCGUGGGGAGACGGUGUUCCUGCACUGCGUGGCCCAGGGCCGGGACAGGAGGGGUAACCCUCCCAUCAUCUCCUGGCUCAAGGACGGGACCACCAUCGUCACCAGCUCGAACAACACGCGCGUUGAGGUGGUGGGUGCCGGCACACUGGUCAUCUCCCACGUGACGGAGAGGGACGCGGGCGUGUACACGUGUAGGGCCGUCAACUUGGAGGACUCGGAGGAUGCUGACGCUGUGCUGACUGUGUUAGUGAGCCCCGAGUUCCGCAUGCGUCCCUCCAACAAGUUCGCCUACACCCAGUCGGACGUGACGCUAGAGUGUCAGGCGCACGGAGUUCCUCCCCCUGUCAUCACCUGGCUGAAGAACGGCGACGUGCUACAGCCCAGCGACUACUUCAAGAUCUCCGCCACGGUGAGUCGGCCUCUCUCUACCCCCUCCCCCUCUCUAUUCUGGAGAGAGAUUGCCUCAGAAAGGGAGCGUGUGAGCAACACGACGGUGAGGGAGUUCAACAUCCAGGGCCUGAAGCCACAGACCCAGUACGAGAUCCGCGUGAGGGCCUACAACGGUCAGGGGCCCAGUCAGGGGGAGGCCAAGCUACGAGUGACCACUCAUGAGGAGGUGCUGGUCCCCAGCCCCCCUCAGAACCUCCAGGUGCAGACCUUGUCGUCGACGUCCAUCGAGGUGAUCUGGGAGCCACCGCUGGAGCCAAAGGGCACAAUCGAGUCUUAUGUGCUCAUUUUUUACAAGGUGGGCUCCAAGUCGGAAGAGGACGUGCCUGUGUUGGGACCCUCGCACACACUCGACAACCUGGACCAGUACAGCGAGUACAGUUUCCGUGUGGUGGGAGUGAACGAGAACGGGCCGGGCAUCAGCACUCCUGAGUCGCUGGCACGCACCUUUUCCGACAAACCUAGCGCUACGCCGCAGAACUUUACACUGGAGGUGACCAGCUCUACGCUGUUUGAGUCGCGGGUCCCCCCUCGACCCGCCCACUUGAUCGCCCAGCCCAAGGCCAACUCCAUCGUGGUGUCGUGGGCGCCCCCGCCUCCACACUCCAAGGUCCUGGUUCGAGGCUACGUGCUGGGCUACGGCAAAGGCAUGGCGGAUGUGUUCAAGCAUACGUUGGACACCAACACGCACCGCUACGUCAUUGAGAACCUGCAACCGUCGUCCGAGUACGUGAUCACAAUCCGUGCCUUCAACUCUAAGGGACAGGGCCCCAGCAAGUACGAGACGGUGACCACCUCCACCGAGAUGGAGGAACCAGCGACCCCCGUGAUGCCUCCGAUGGGCCUCAACGCCCACGUGCUGUCCCCGACCACCAUCCUGCUCACCUGGGCUGACCACUCACUCAGCCGCGCCCACAAGAUCAUGGACGACCGCUACUACACCAUCAAGUACCGCGCGCUCAGCGGCCGGCAGGGGAAGUACAAAGUGAUCAAUGCCACCGACCUGAACUACCACAUAGAAGAGCUGCGGCCCAACACGGAGUACGAGUUCAUGGUCAAGUAUGUCAAAGGUCGCCGCGAGUCCAAGUACAGCAUGGCCGUACGCAACAAGACGGAGGAGACAGCGCCGGGCUCUGAGCCGAGGGACGUGACGCCAGUGGCGCUAGAGAACAACCCCCUGGCCGUCAGCCUCAACUGGCAGCCCCCGGCUCGGCCCAACGGUCAGAUCACGGGCUAUCUCAUCUACUACACCAACGACCUUCACAUUGAUGACCUCCUCUGGCCCAUGGAAGGCGUCGUCGGAGACAAGUUGUCCACUGUGAUUGACAAGCUGACCCCGGACACCACCUACCACUUCAAGGUGCAGGCCCGCAACUCUAAGGGGCUCAGUCCCCGCUCCAAGGCUGUCACCUACAACACACCCAAAGUUUCCAAUCCCCCGGCGUCUGAUGACGGCAAGGACCAGGGGCUCACCACAAAUGUCAUCAUCAUCAUCGCAGCCUGCGUAGCCGGCUUCCUAUUCUGCACGGGCGUCAUUGUCGUCAUCGUCUGUCUGUGUGUCUGUCGAGGGAGGAGAGCCAACAAUCAAAACAAAUCGCCCCCCAAAAUGACCAAGAUCCCAGCGUCAAACAUGAAGCCGCCCGACCUGUGGAUCCACCAGCCCAGCCAGCUAGAGCUGCAGAAGAUGGAGAGGUCGCAGCGCAGCGAGAGUUCGGCGUCCGUGGCAACCAGCACACUGAGGAGGGGGUCACGGGGGUCAGCUGAUCAGACAGACGACCAGGCCUCCACGCUGGACCGCAGGAGGAACUCUUUUGUGGGUGACGGUGGCUACCCGUCCAGCGGAGAGGAACGCUACCAGCCGAUCCAGCCCCGCAACCUCAUCCGACCCAAGCCUAUCGCGCUUCCGGUGGACGCUCAGUCGGGCUUCAGGGACCCUAUAGCCACCGUGUCGGCGGCCCCUAACGGUCACAUCCUACAGUACGGGGACAGCCCGGGCGGUCCCAUGCCCAUGCGCCCCAUCUACCCGCGCACACAGUACAACACGCAGUACAGCAGCGCGGCACGCGUCAACGCGGGAGAUCUGCCGCACACGUGUCCCCCGGCCGCCAGCAAGGUUCUGUCGGCGGUGGACGAAGACGAACGAGACGGGUGCCAUGAGGUGACCGGGUCCAUGGAGGAUUCCUUCAACUCCAGGAUAGGAUAUGUGAAGCCGCAGCAGAAUAUCAGCCCCUACAAGAAGCCGACGGCCCCCGUUAUGUCGGUGCCGAGCAAGGGACAGAGGACUCCCAUCUCCUUCAACUCCAAGUCCCCUGAGAUGAAGACCAAGAAGGAAGAGUCAGAUCUCUCGAAAUCGUUGAGUACGGAAGAGCUGACGGCCGAGAUGGCCAAUCUGGAGGGUCUGAUGAAAGAUCUGAACGCCAUCACGCAGCAGGAGUUUGAGUGCU